UAGUCCACUGCAACAUGCGCUUCCGCUUCCGUUUAGCGAUGGAGGUUACAAGCAGUAUUGCAUUUCUGUCUUUCUCGCACCUUUUACAAUGACGAAGCCUAAUAUAGAAGGUCAAACAUGAAUUGUUUUGAUAAUAAAUUCAUAUUCGACUAAGUCGCCGUGUCCGUUAGGAGAGCGGAAGAUGUCUAAAAUCGGAAGUUAAAUUGUGGUUGUAUUAGCAUAACGCAUUAGCUUCAUGUCAACAACACUGCGAGUCAUUUUUACAGUCCAACACGCUUUGUUUUGAUUAUUUUACUUCUGUUCUUUGUCACGUCAUUUCAUGCGGGUUUGAGGUGUCGUUGUUUGAAAUGUCACUGUUUGAGAUGGACAGAGAGGAGUCUGACAGGCUGAUAGAGAAAGCCAAGCUGUGUUUGCGCUCAGGACGCAAAGAGAAAGCCUUGCAGCUGCUGUACGAGGCGCAGAAGAUCUACCCGAGCACCCGGGCUAGAGUACUGAUUGAUGCCAUUGUGAAGAAUGGCGGCACUCCCCCUAAAGAGGAGCGUACCUUUACUCCUCCACCAGGCUGGAGAAACUCUAAUGAGGACAGCCCAGCUCCACAUCAGCGGCCCAGUACGCAAGAGAGAGCAGAGGGGUCCAGUGACGACAAAAAGAGCUACACUGAGGAGCAGCGGCAAGGAGUGCUCAGGAUAAAGAGAUGCAGAGACUUCUAUGAGAUUCUGGGGGUGCCAAAGGAUGCCAGUGAUGAGGACCUGAAGAAAGCCUAUAGGAAGCUGGCGCUACGCUUCCACCCGGAUAAGAACUGUGCCCCUGGAGCGACCGAUGCUUUUAAAGCUAUAGGCAAUGCAUAUGCAGUGCUCAGUAACCCAGAGCAAAGGCAGCAAUAUGAUCAGUGUGGGGACCAGGGCCCUGCAGAGACAUCCAGUCAUACUUCAGCCCAGCCACGUCACGCGUACGGACACCACCGCACCUUCAACAGAGACUUUGAAGCUGACAUCUCUCCGGAGGAGCUCUUUAACAUCUUCUUCGGGGGCAGGUUUCCUACAGGCAACAUCCACGUGUACACCAACCGAGGAGCUUCUUACGCUCAUUAUUACCAGCCCCGCAGACGCCGUACAUAUGAGAGACGGGAAGAAGAGGUGGAGGAGAGCCACAGUCAGAACAACUUCACAGCUCUCCUGCAGCUGCUGCCAGUGCUGGUGCUCAUUCUGAUAUCUGUAUUCACUCAGCUGAUGGCAACCAACCCUCCCUACAGCCUCUUCUACAAACCGUCCAUGGGGUUGGUGGUGUCCAGAGAAACCCAG